AUGAAGUGCCCUUUGGCGAGCAGUCCCACUGCAGCUGAGCUUCUUGAAGCUACUAAAAAACUCUAUGUGAAAACUGACGUGCUGAGACAGCGAAAAAUCGAACCUGGACAACCACGUUUGUUCCAAUCUACCGACGACGAGGACCAGUGUCCAAAAGUGAGUGGUCUCAAAGAAUUUCCUGUGGCUGUUGUUAGCCCUCCUCCACCACCUUAUCCGCGAAGCACCUCAUUGUCGCAGGAUUCUCCUCAGUCGGAUCAGCCUGCUCCUGGUUGGAAGCCAGUGCCAAAACCUCGGCUAAGCAUAAUGCGUUCAAUGAUGGACUUAUCAAACAUGGAAUCGGAACAGCCACGUCCAAAGCCACGACGAAAGGUACUGCUCAGUGAGCCGACCACUGACAGGUCACCAGAAGCCGCACCAAAUCCGAUCUCCAUUGAAGCCUUGCAGAACUCGCCUUUGGCCUACAAAAAGAAAACCAUAACCAAAUCGACUCCAAACGUUUCCGUCCAUUCUGUUGCCGCUCUGAAGCGUCGAGUUCAAGCGUCAAGACCAGCUACCCCCGUCAUGCACAAUGAGGAUCCAUCGGUGAUGUUCCCAUUGAUGGAUGAAUCGGAGAGGGAUUUCCUACAGGCAGCUGUACGACUAACUUACUCGACUGAUGAUGAUGAUAGUGCUCCAUCUUCUCCUUCCGGCGGGCAUCUUUCUGUUGAAAAAUCGUGUUUUCUUCCAUCACCAACCGCUGACAGCGGCCGACCAAACAGCGACGACGAGGACAGAAGAACUCAACCUUUAGAACUCAACCCUGCUCAACAAAAUCCCUCGAUGACGUUUAGAACUCAACCCUGCUCAACAAAAUCCCUCGAUGACGGUUUCUUCGACUCGAGCCUGUUGAAGAAGGAAGAAGAAACUUCGUCUGAAGCGCUCACCUCCAUAUCUAACUUGCAAAAGGAGGUUGGGGACUACACUACAGAAGAAGAAGACCGUGGUCGUGAUGUGAGCGUUCUGGAGCGAAACGCACGAGUCAUGAGAUGGAUUCAUGGAUGCGGAGUACUGUCAUCGUAA